AUGUCAAAUGUCUGCAAAAGUGACAUUGUCUCAGCCCACAAGUAUCUUGAGAAUUUUUGCAAAGAGUGUGAAACAUUGUACACCUUGGAUCUAAUCUCUCUGAACAUGCACCUACAUCUCCACCUGCAAGCCACUAUUUGCGACUUUGGACCUGUAUACAGUUACUGGUUGUUUAGUUUUGAACGAUAUAACACAUCAACAAUAACCCCAUACUCUCAAUUGUCUUUUUCACUCGCCAACUUUAUCACUGCUACACUGGACGUAUUGAUAUCAAUUAAAGACAACAAACCUCUCCUACCAACUGCAUUUUCUUUGGCAAAGAAACCAUUGUCACUGAUACCAACGCCUGAAUACAACUGCCUUGUUGACUACUACCAGGUUGCAUAUAACAAUGGGAUGAUCUCCAGUUGCAAGAAUGACAUGACGAGGCAAGUUUAUAAGGGAUGUAAUGUCAAUGGACGUGGUUUCUACAUCCAAGCUUUGUUUGAAGAAAAUCGCAUGAAUGCCCAUUAUGGUUACAUUGGGGAGAUUCAGUACAUUUUUGUAUACUUAUUCAUACCCACAAACUCUCCCACAGCACCCAGUAACCACAACCAUGAACAUAUCUUUGCCUUUGUUAGAUGGUGCAAAACAACAUCAGACACACGCAGACAACCCAAAGAUAUUGAAAUCUAUCAUGCCAACUUCUAUAAUUUGGAUUUCCAAAGUAUACUGCCCAUCCGUUGUAUACUUCUGCCAGUAGCAAUCAUUGACUACAAAACCAGACGAAGUAUCAAUAGGAAGAUUGCAAUACCUUUGCCACAAAAAAUUUAUACUUAA